GUUGGUGCCUUGCCUCGCUUUCUGCUGGUGGGUGGGCAGUGCAAACAGGGAGGCUGGCGCGCUGUAGCGGGACUACUUCUUCUUCUUCCCGCAUGGAGGAGACCUCCUUUUACCGCCUGCGUCCACUUUGACUCCCCGGCAGAGAGAGGCACACAAGGGUACAAUGUAGCAAGUUGACUUGCUGCUUCGUGAUCAACACGGGCGGUGAGGACCACCGCCCAGCAAACAUCGGGCCCCCACACAAAUGGACAACCAUGCCUAACGUCCCUUCCUGAUCCCGCCCGCCUGGGUUGCUGGAAGCAUCCCCCAGUUUCUUCACAGCCCCCGUGUUCUCCCGCUGGCGAUCUCGCGAGCAUGGCGACGCCUUUCUUGUGGAAGCUGUCAUCCCAGAAGCUCGGCUUCUUCCUGGUCAGCUUUGGGUUCAUCUGGGGCAUGAUGCUGCUCCACUUCACCAUCCAGCAGCAAGCCAGCCAUGAGAACAGCGCUAUGCUUCGGCAGCAGAUCCUGGACCUCAGCAAGCGCUACAUCAAAGCACUGGCUGAGGAGAACCAAAACGUCAUCGAUGGACCCUAUGUUGGCACCAUGACCGCUUAUGACCUGAAGAAGACGCUCGCAGUGCUGCUGGAUAACAUCAUGCUGAGGCUGGGCAAGCUGGAGUCCAAGGUGGAAAACAUGUACAACGGCACAGGGAGUAAUCUGACCAGCGGCUUCAGCCCCUCCACAGCCAGCUCCGCCAAUCCGGAAAAAGUCAACGUGGCAGAUCUUCUAAAUGGAGCCCAGGAAAAGUGUGAGCUGCCGCCUUUGGAUGGCUUUCCUCACUGCGAGGGCAAGAUCAAGUGGAUGAAGGAGAUGUGGCGCUCCGACUCCUGCUAUUCAAGUUAUGGUGUGGAUGGAUCCACUUGCUCCUUCUUCAUUUACCUCAGCGAGGUGGAAAACUGGUGUCCUCGUCUGCCAUGGAGGACAAAGAGCCUGAAUGAAGACCUUGAUAGAAGGGGGCAGGCGGAAAUCCGGACCAGUUUCGAAGAGCUGUACCAUGUCAUGUCUAAGCGGGAAGAGUUCCGCUGGAUGAUGUUGAGGAUCAAACGCAUGGCUGAGCCGUGGGUCCGUGCCAUUCGAUCGUUGGCUGCCAAGCAGAACCUGACCAAGCGGAGGAGGAAGAAGGUCCUGGUCCACUUGGGUCUGCUUACGAAGGAGUCAGGCUUCAAGAUAGCAGAGAACGCCUUCAGCGGUGGUCCACUGGGCGAAUUGGUCCAGUGGAGUGAUCUCAUAACCACGCUGUACCUGCUCGGUCACGACGUCCGCAUUUCUGCCUCCCUGGCUGAGCUCAAAGAGAUCAUGCGGCGGGUCAUGGGAAACAAGUCCAGUUGUCCCACUCAAGGUGAUAAGGUGGUUGAACUCAUCUACAUUGACAUUGUGGGCCUGACCCAGUUUAAGAAGACGCUGGGACCUUCGUGGGUCCACUAUCAGUGUAUGUUGAGGGUGCUGGAUUCUUUUGGGACCGAACCGGAGUUCAAUCACGCCCAUUAUGCCCAGUCCAAAGGGCACAAGACACCCUGGGGGAAGUGGAACCUCAAUCCUCAGCAGUUUAACACCAUGUUCCCUCACACACCCGACAACAGCUUCCUGGGCUUUGUCGUGGAGCAGCACCUCAAUGCCAGUGACAUCAAGCACAUCGACGAUGUCAAGAGACAAAACCAAUCUCUUGUCUACGGCAAGGUUGACAACUUCUGGAAGGACAAGAAGAAAUACCUAGACAUCAUCCACAGCUACAUGGAGGUACACGGCACCGUCCACGGCACCAGCACUGUGCACCUCCCCAGCUACGUGAGGAACCACGGCAUCCUGAGCGGCCGAGACCUGCAGUUCCUCCUCCGGGAAACCAAGUUGUUUGUGGGACUGUCCUUCCCCUACGAGGGUCCCGCCCCCCUGGAGGCCAUCGCCAACGGUUGUGUCUUCCUCAACCCCAAGUUCACCCCCGCCAAGAGCAGCAAGAACACUGACUUCUUCAAAGGCAAACCCACCUUGAGAGAGCUGACGUCGCAGCACCCUUACGCCGAGGUGUACAUAGGUCAGCCUCACGUGUGGACAGUGGACAUCGAGAAUCCGGCCGAAGUGGAACGAGCCAUCCGCUCCAUCCUCAGCCAGAAGAUCGAGCCUUAUUUGCCGUACGAGUUCACCUGCGAGGGAAUGCUGCAGCGAGUCAACGCCUUUAUCGAAAACCAGGACUUCUGUCACGGCCAAGUGAUGUGGCCGCCACUCAGCACGCUGCAGGUCAAGACGGCGGAGCCAGGGCGCUCGUGUAAGCAGGUGUGUCAGGAGCAGCAGCUCAUCUGUGAGCCGUCCUUCUUUCAACACCUCAACAAGGACAAGGACCUGGCCAGGUUCGGCGUGGACUGCCAGACGGUGGAGUCCAGCGCGGACACGGUGGUCCCGGCCUUCAGCGACAUCCGCCGCCACUGCGUCUUCCAGUCCGACUUGCUGCUCUUCAGCUGCGCCGGCGCCCACCAGUCGCUGCGCCGCGUCUGCCCCUGCCGUGACUACAUGAAGGGCCAGGUGGCGCUGUGCAAGAACUGCCUAUAGCGGCGCGGCGCGUCAAAGGCGUGUCGUGGUAUUUAUUGUUGAGUCGGCACUUCUUCAGGGACGGUCCAGAAGCGGUGGAACAAUACUUGAAUCACCAAAAAGGGAGCGCCGUGCGCCACAUAUCGGGCCACAGGGGGCGCAGCGAAGGGCCCUUUCUUCUUUGAGUCGCUCCACACUGGCAGGCGCCCAGAAGGAAAUAAACCUUGGCGAGUUUUACACUGGAACAAGUUGUGUGUACAAAGAUGUCCUCACACUUGGGGAUAUUUGGACAGCCAGGCUUCAUUUUUUUUGCUUUCUUUUUUUAUUCAUUCCCAAGAUGCAACGUGGUUUUAAAAGGAGACAUGUUUAUGUCAUGGUAGGUAGUGAUAGGUACUCUACCGUAUUACCACACCUUUGUUGCAGCCAAGCGCUCGGCGGGGAAACAAGCGUGGAAUUGGGGAUGUCGCCGUUUCUGCAAGGAUGCCUGAUAAAUUUCCAACACACUAGCUCGAUGCUAAUUUAUAUUGGAAAUGUUAUUAGCAUUAGCCGUUUCACAUGGCGAUAUCAACACAUCCCAAUUUGAUCAUGAAAACUACCACUUACCGUAUUUUCUUGAAUUGCCGCCGGCGAGCUAAUUAAUUUAAAACUUAUUUUCACUCCGGCGCUUACCAAAGGCAUGCGGUAAAAGUAAGCAAGCGCUAAUUAGUUUAAAACUUCUUCUCACUCCUCCACUUACCAAAGGCAUGCAGUAAAAAUUUGAGUGUGAUGUAAGCUUGGACCUUAAAUCCUACUGAAUAGCUCCUAAUAUUCUUCCCUUUAUGCGAUUUCAAAUUACCCGUAUUGAAAUCAGCCUCCUCCAUUUUGAAUAUGAUGACAGGGGAAGUGUCACGAGUUUGACCAGGCGGUAAUUAUAUUGGGAAGCGAGUUUGACCCGGCAGUAAUUCAAGGCAGGCGCAUACUAUAUGUCCUGCGGCAAUUCAAGGAAAUACGGUAAAUGCACCUUGCAAUCAAACAGCCGGUGUGUAACACGUACAAUACUUACAGUAUAAACACUUUGCAGGACUCAACCCUUAACAGCAAAUACUAAGUUUGUCCAUACUAGUGUGUUGGAAUGGCAACUGCAUGCAAAAUGUACAAUGCAAUAUUUGCAAAUGAGGCAUAAGUGUAGGAAAACUGCUCACCGGUAAAUAAAACAACAUUAAUAAGGUA